AUUUAUCCCGAGUGUUAUCUCCCUCCAAGCCCCAUUCCGCGCUCGCAGCCUCGCAGGGAUCCCUCAGCUAAUCUUCUCCCUCCUCCCACGCCAUCGAUUGAGGAAGAAAACUGAAGAGAUCGGACGAAGAUUUGGCAGUAAUGUCUGCGACAGUGUUGUCUUACUGCAAUCCAAGUUUAGCUUGUAAUUAUGGGAGGAUGGAUACGAAACGGAUUCCAUUAGGGCGUGUACGGCCGAUUGGAAGGAGAAACAAUGGCUAUCACAAGUUUACUGUGUUUGCCGUUAACGAAGGAUCUGCAAAAUCGAGCGAGUCCGAAGAAACGAUCCCUUCUUGGGCUAAACCUGAUUCGGAGGAGCCUCCUCCUUGGGCAAGGGAAGAAAGCAAGGAAAAUGGAUCCCAACAGGGAUUUCAGCUCCCAUUCUACGUUUACCUACUUGCUUCAUCUAUCACUGCAAUUGCCGCUAUAGGUUCUAUAUUUGAGUACGUCAACCAGAAGCCUGUGUUUGGAAUUAUAAAUUCAGACAGCAUAUUUUACGCUCCAUUGCUUGGAUUUUUUGCAUUUACUGGCAUUCCCACUUCUGCAUUCCUUUGGUUCAAAUCUGUCGAAGUUGCUAAUAAGGAAGCUGAGGAUCAAGACAGAAGAGAUGGUUACUUGUAGAAUAUUUUUUCAGACACGAAUUGAUUUUCCUUUGAUCUGUAUAUUCCCUGUGACUAUGCUACAGUGUAAUCGACACCAAUUAGGCAGCUAUUGUUGGUAUAAAAUUUUCAAUUUCUAUACAAUAAAAUAUGCAUCUUAUUUAUUGUUUUCAA